AUGGUAGUCGCUCAAGAAUACACAUUAUACGUAUUCCUAAAUUUUAGAAAUCUGAUCCGUACUUUGAUUGUCAUAGAGUUUUGCCAUUUAGAUCCUGAUGACAAUUUCCUUGCUAUGAUCAGAGGACGUAAACGUGUUCGACUAUACGGCUGUCAGACCCAGCCUUUGUAUCCUAAUCCACUUGGAUCCAAAGGACGUACUAUACAGUCACAAGUAGAUUGCGAUAACCCUGACUAUCAAAAAUUUCCCCUGUUCCACAACUCACAGUGUCAAGAAUAUGUUUUGGAAUCUGGUGAAAUGCUUUUUAUACCUGCAUUUUGCUGGCAUCAAGUGACCUCGUUGGAUACUUCCAUCUCUAUUAACAUGUUCUUUGGAGAUCAUGGGGAUUGCAAUUAUUUAUCAAAGAUUAUGAAAGAACCAUACUGGGACGCAUUUUCAUACUGGUUUUUAAAUAUUAUUGAACAAAAUCGACCUUUAGAAUCAUUCCGCCGUAUAUUAGCAAACCUACCGCAAUCGAUUGACAAUUUUUUCCUAAAGCAGUAUCAUGAAAUAAACAUUACUUCGGAAAUACGUGAAAAAUUAAUCCGACUGGUCCUUGAUUACUGUCAAUUAAAAGAACUUCCACAGGCGGAGGAGAGAAAUGGUAAACAUCCACCGGCAUUAAAAAUUAGAGGUUUACUAUGGAGAAAGUAA